UUGUAAUGUAAUGUUUGUAACAAACAUACAGUUAAUAAUUAAGUGAAAUAUUUAAAACCUGUUUUAAUGUUUCAUUAAAUAUCAUUAAAAUUAUAUUUUGUUUUCAAUUCAUUUACAAGUGUUGACUCGAUUUUAUUAUUAUUUAUUAAAUUAUUUCAAAUUAUGAUUAACUUAUUUGCCAAACGAUUGCUAUUAUCGGUUCAGUCACCUCACGAGUUGGCCAAACAUUUGAUGUCAUCGUCGACUACUUUCAGUCAGUUUUCACCCGAAAUUUCGACAAUAUUGAAGUCGACUGCUGUUGAGUGUCCGGCCGAAGACCAGAACUCAGUGCCACAAUUGACUCCUAUAUCAGCCAUGUCUUCAUUGAUCACAAGCGAAGAGAUCCGAGAGAGACACCAAAACCUCAUGAAAUUGAUUGACAAGAAUUCAUAUGUUGGACACAAACCGAGCAUAAUAUUGGUGAGCGCUUCCAGUCGUCCACAUUUGGCCGACACGAGGAUCCCGUGCACUCAUUUCAAACAAAACUCAGAUUUUAUUUAUUUAACGGGACUAACGACCAGUCAAUCGGCUGAUUGUGUUUUAGCCUUAAUUGGAGGUCACGGCGAACCACUUGAGUCUAUAAUGUUUGCGCCUUUCGGUGAACAGAUGAAGCAACUAUGGGACGGAAGUGACCUCAGAGAGCAGUCUCCGUGGAUUAAUAGUAUUUGCAAUGACUUCAGAGAUAUAUCCAAAUUGAAAGACUUGAUGUCUACUCAUAGCCCUUCUCGACAAUUGUUUGUCUCAAAGUCAGGUUUCAAUCAAACAAAUGGCAACACAAAUAGCAGUGAAAGUUGUGAUAAAUUAAACCCAAUUUUGAGAAACUUAUUGAAUCUCAAUUCAAAAACAGCUAUACUUAAAAUGUCACCACUUUUGGAACAGUUAAGACUUAGCAAAUCCAAAGCUGAGUGUAAUGCUAUGCGAAGAGUGUGUAGUAUAGGUAGUCUAGCGAUGGCUAAUACAAUGGGAUGGACCAAUUCAUUAUCACAAAACACGAUUGUCAAUGAGGCACAUAUAGCGGCCAAAUUUGAGUUUGAAUGCCGUUUUAAUGGCGCCCGAAAUAUAUCUUUCCCUAUAGUUUGUGGUUCGGGUCAGAGAUCAACAAUUAUUCACUACGGAAAUAAUAAUCAAUUCUGUUCUCCAAAUGACUGGGUUAUGAUAGAUGGUGGUUGUGAAGAUGUUGAUGGCUAUAAUAGUGAUAUAACGAGGUCGUGGCCAAUCAAUGGUGACUUUGGUGUCUCACGAUUACGACGCGAUCUUCACGAAGCUCUGUGUGAAGUGCAAUCAGAGUUAAUAUCUGCCGUCUCUAAUGACUCAAUGAUGACAUUGGAUCUCCUCUUCAAACUGAUGUGUACUUUACUUUCAAAGGUUUUACUUGACUUUAAUGCUUUCAAUAUAACUGUUUCACCACAAGAGGCCAUAUCUUUGGCCUACCGAUUGUGUCCACAUCACGUCUCUCACUAUUUAGGGCUUGAUGUUCACGACUGUCCAUCAAUUCCUAGAAAUUUUACCCUAAAACCCGGUUAUUGUUUUACAGUAGAGCCCGGACUCUAUUUUCAUAAAAGUCAUGCAAUGAUUAAACCAGAGUUUCAAGGAAUAGGAAUGAGAGUUGAAGACGACGUUCUGAUGAACCAUUCGGGUCGCGUCGAGAUAUUGACCACUGGAUGUCCACAUAAACCUAAUCUCAUCUAAUUUUAACAUUACAUUAUUAAAUGCACUGUUUGUUUGUUUAGUAUUAAUAUAACUAUUUACCGGUAAAAGUAUUUUAUGUUUGUUAUUUACCGUAAUAUUUAUAAAAUAUUU